CCGUCACCGUCACCGGUUGUGGUGGUUCCCGGUUUAAGUUAUCAGUUUUGGCUAUAAAUUUCUUGAUAAUCACCCUCACGCAAUAGUUUAGUGAUAGUGUAUUUACUAUUUUGUUCAAAAUGCCAUCUAAUGAUGUACAGAUGUUGGUCGAGAUGGGGUUUACCGCGGAAAAGGCGGAAAGAGCACUUUCCGUCACCGGCAAUCAAGGAGUAGAGCCUGCAAUGGAAUGGCUGCUGGCGCACGGAGGGGAACUAGAAGCUGAGGCGCCAGCUGCACCGACUGUCUCAGUGACUGAGACUGCAGCCGUUCCUACUGUGGAACAACCUGCAGAACCUGCGCAGGCGGAAGGCAGCUCCGGCACUACUGAGACUGCCAAGUCUCUGAAAUGUGACGAGUGUGGAAAGCUCUUCAAAAAUCAGUUGGAAGUGGAGUUCCAUGCAGCUAAAUCCGGACACAGCAGUUUUUCAGAGUCCACAGAGGAGAAAAAACCUCUCACAGAAGAAGAGAAAAAAGAGCAGUUAAGAUUAGUUGAGGAGAAACUGAAGCAAAAGAGAAAAGAGAGGGAAGAGAAGGAAAAAUUGGAAGCUCUGGAAAGAGAAAAGAAUAGAAUUAAAUCUGGGAAGGAGAUGACAGCGGCAAAGAAAAAAUUGGAAGAGCAAGAGUUGGCAAAGUUGGUGGAGCAGAGGCGAAGAGAAAAGGAAGAGGAGAAGAAGGCUAGAGAAAGAGUGAAAGCACAGAUAGAAGCUGACAAAGCAGCGAGGAAGGCAAAGUUUGGUGGAGGUGGUAGUGACGCAGCCCCUGCUCCUGUCCCAGCCACUGUUCCUACCCCUGCAGCUACUACUCCUGCUCAACCCAAGGACUACACUACCACUAGAAUACAGAUACGAUUAACCAACGGGCAGGCAUUGACUCAGACGUUUAAUCCUAAAGAACAAUUGUCUGCAGUAAGACUUUACGUCCAGAUGAACCGAACGGAUGACAACGGACCCUUCACUCUCAUGACUAGCUUCCCAAGGAAAGUUUUCAAAGACGAAGACUACGACAAGCCUUUAGACGUCUUAGGGUUGGUGCCUUCAGCAGUGGUCAUUGUAACCAGAGCGCCCCAUUGAUUUAUUCUCUCUUAUAAGUUUUAUUACCUUGUAUUUUUCCAUAACGUUUAUUAAAAGAACAAUAUGUUAUGUGGC